AUGAAGACCUGGGUAAACGUGUUUUUAGUGUUUUACGCGAUCUUGGCGGUAGCUAUAGCUGAAUGCCCUCCAGGAGAACAUAAUCCUGGUCCGAAUUGCGGACUAGAGCCUUCGUGCGCUUCUAGGAGCUCACAUUCGUAUCCGAAGCACACAUGUGAUUGCUGGUGUCUGCCGGGCACGUAUAGGAAGAUAGAGACUAACACGUGUGUCUCAUUAAGUGGCUGUGUAUAA